CCAGGUUUAUACUAAUUUCGCCCCUAUUUUAUCUGUACUCGCCACGUCGUUAUCUCGAAACCUUAAUGAUCCCAUGAUAUGAACUCCAUUAACUGGAUAGCAUUAUGUUCAAAUUCAUCCAUGAUUUCAUUUCCACCAUGCAUUUCCAAUCAUGCCAGGCUACGUAGUUUUAAAUCUUCUCGUGUGGGCGGUAUGCAUCUCGGGUGAAAGUACAGCACAACUCUGUGACCCCACGCCCAUCGAUUCCGACCUGCUUCAACUUCUUCAACCGAAACUGGGUCCGGAUGCGAAGAUAUUGACGUUAUCAUCGGGAUCAAAAUGUGGUCCGACAGAAGAUAAGAGCGAUGAUGAGACGCCUUCAUCCUCACCACCAAGUAGUAUCAGUGUGGCCUCCAUCUCUGCGGAAAUCGCGACCCAUCCCAACCUCCACCUACUUCCGGACAAGGAGCAUUGCGGACAUGGAAACCCAUCCCUCCUCAAGGUCAGGAUCGCUGGGGGCAGGGAGGCCGGACUGGGAACCUUCCCAUGGAUGGCGCUCAUCGGAUAUUCACUUAUCGGGGUCGGAGGUCAACGCGGCCCAACAAAGUUCCUCUGCGGGGGGAGCCUUAUAAAUGAAUUGUACGUCCUUACGGCGGCCCACUGCGUAUCAGAGAGUGACAUUCCACAAGGAAAUAUUCCGAUAUCUGUCCGCUUGGGGGAGUACAACCAAUCUAUGGCCAUCGACUGCGAGGGGAACAUUUGUGCCCCACCCCCGCAGGACGUGGCCAUUGCAGAGAUCAUCAUACACGAGAAUUUUGAUAAGAACAGUACGAAGGAGAAUGACAUUGCUUUGAUAAGGUUGGAGAAGAGAGUCGAGCUGGGACGGUUUGUCUCCCCCAUCUGCCUCCCACGUGGGGAGAAGAUUCAAAACAUGACCGGGAUGACUUUAACUGUGGCAGGUUGGGGUACCACGACAGCCCGGGAACCCACGCCGUCCCCCGUCUUGCUCAAGGUUGACGUCCCCUUCCAAAACCGACAAAGGUGCAACGACGUGUAUAAAACUAGUCUUGGUGGCGACGUGGACGAUGGAAGGUUCUGCGUGGGUGGCGAGGUGGGGAAAGAUUCGUGUCAAGGUGACUCUGGUGGGCCACUCAUGUUGGGAAGGAAGAGGUCAGAAGGUCAGGACGAAGGGGGGUCGACCUAUGUAUCCCCUGUGUAUCAGGUUGGCGUAGUCAGCAUGGGUCCAGGUGACUGCGACUCCUCGAUCUAUCCUGGACUGUAUACAAACGUGUUUUAUUUCAUGAGCUGGGUAUUGCGACAUUUGAGAAAAUAAUGAAAAUAAAAACUUAUAUAAACUUGGA